ACGCGGCGAUCAUCUCUAAACUCUCGGAACGUAACACUUAAUUUUUUAGUUCAAAUAAAAUAUAAUGUUGUAUUCAUAUUUUAAAGUUGUUUGAUUGGUUUCGUGUAGAGUCAGUCAGUUUUUUGUUGUUGUCGUGAGUGUGUGUGUUUUGUUGACAGUAAGUUUAGUCGUAAACUUUUUUAUUCGUGUUUAAGCACUUGACCUGCGUUUACAGCUGACAUCUUUACACCGGGAUGUAAAUGUAAACUUCAGCAAUGAAACAUUAAUAUCAUUCAAAAUGGAGUCAACCGAAGACGAAUUCUACACUAUCUGUCUGAACCUGACUGCCGAAGACCCAAGCUUCGGAAACUGUAAUUACACAACCGACUUUGAGAAUGGAGAGCUCCUUGAGAAAGUCGUAUCUAGAGUUGUCCCCAUCUUCUUUGGCUUUAUCGGAAUCGUUGGUCUCGUUGGCAAUGCUCUGGUUGUCUUGGUGGUAGCGGCAAAUCCUGGCAUGAGAUCAACUACGAACCUGCUCAUCAUCAACCUGGCUGUCGCUGACUUGCUCUUCGUUAUUUUCUGCGUCCCCUUCACUGCUACGGACUACGUCAUGCCCAGGUGGCCAUUCGGAGAUUGGUGGUGCAAAGUGGUCCAAUAUUUUAUUGUUGUGACUGCUCACGCAUCAGUUUACACUCUGGUACUCAUGUCCUUGGACAGAUUCAUGGCAGUAGUGCACCCAAUAGCGUCCAUGUCGAUCAGGACUGAGAAGAAUGCCUUGUUGGCUAUCGCCUGCAUCUGGGUAGUAAUACUAACCACUGCCAUACCAGUCGGUAUCUGCCACGGAGAGAGAGAGUAUUCCUACUUCAACAGGAAUCAUUCAUCAUGUGUUUUCCUAGAGGAGCGUGGAUACAGCAAGCUUGGCUUUCAAAUGUCAUUUUUCCUAUCAUCAUACGUGAUCCCUCUCGCGCUGAUCAGUGUCCUGUACAUGUGCAUGCUGACGAGGCUUUGGAAGAGUGCGCCUGGUGGGAGGGUGUCAGCAGAGAGCAGGAGGGGCAGGAAAAAAGUAACCAGAAUGGUUGUUGUGGUCGUCGUAGUGUUUGCUGUCUGCUGGUGCCCCAUUCAGAUAAUUCUGCUGGUGAAGGCUCUGAACAAGUACCACAUCACGUACUUCACGGUGACCGCCCAGAUCGUGUCCCACGUGCUCGCCUACAUGAACAGCUGCGUCAACCCGGUGCUCUACGCGUUCCUCUCGGAAAACUUCAGGGUUGCAUUCCGAAAGGUAAUUCAUUGA